AUGCCUCCAACGAAAAGGGAUUUGGUCUGGCUUAAGGCGAAGGAUCUUUACAUGAUUUCAAUUGGAGCGGUUACUUUACCCUACCCGUCCAACAUACCCGAACUCACAUCUGGCAGCGCUGCAGCGGGAGCUUCUCCUUUUGUUGUUGGAAUCAAGCAUGCAGGCAUCAAGGUGCUUGACUACAUCGUGGAUACUGUUAUCUUCCGCCUAUUCCUCUUGGAUUUUGUGCCUGCUUUCGUAUCGUCGGUUCCACACGUCACUGAAAGUGAAGGCUCAACAGCAACCACUUGGGAUUAUUGCGUUACCUUAAACUAUCAGAAGUUACUCGCGCAAUACUACUCCCGCCGCCAAUUAUUGUGCCCAUCCUCCAGUUCAAGAGCCCCGCGUCGUAAUGUCUACAUUCGAGGAAUAUUUCAGAGUGAAGACCAGAAGACCGGCAAUGUAUAG